UACACUGAAUAGUCAAGACUCUGCUCCCAAUUAGCCUUCUCAAAUCCCAUCAUGGACUCCCCAGUACAAGCACUUCCCCAAAGACUAGCAAUCGGCAUGGUCCCUCCCACCCUCCAACUCCAACCAGAACCCCACCAACAAACCACCACCCCCAAAGUCCACGGCAUCCAAGCCUCCCUCCUCAUCCCCGGCCGCGGCUCCCCCAUCAAAAACGCCAUCCUCAUAAUCCACGAAAAAACCAUAACCUGGGUAGGACCCACCGCCUCCCUCCCCCCAAAAUACGUCUCCAUCCCCACAAUCCACGUCCCCAUCCUGCUGCCCGGCCUCUGGGACGUACACACGCACUAUUUCGGCGUCGUAUCCUCGACCGCCGGCUAUGACUCACUGCUCGGGCCCGCUGCACUCGCUGGUGCUCGCACCGUCCGAGAUUUAAAGAACACUUUAUUCGCUGGCUUCACUUCCGUGCGCGAACUGGGCGGGUAUGCGGGUGAGAUCUCGCCUGCUGUUGAGGAUGGGAGUAUUGUUGGACCGCAUAUCUAUUCGGCGAUUGCGCCGAUUUCGAUGACGGCUGGGCAUGGGGAUAUACAUAACUUGCCGAUAGGAACGGUGCUCGAUGCUUGUGCGCAUGGAUUACCGUUUGCUGUUUGUGAUGGGGUGCCGGAUUGUAUUAGGACUGUGAGAUUGAUGAUUAGACGAGGUGCGAAAUGUAUCAAAGUCUGUGCUACGGGUGGAGUAUUUAGUCUUCUUGAUAGUCCGCAAGACACGCAAUUCUCGCCCGAGGAGUUGAAAGCUAUGGUUGACGAGGCGGCGCGGGCAAAGAGAGUAGUGGCAGCGCAUUGUCAUGGGAAGGAAGGGAUUCUGGCUGCGAUAAACGCGGGAGUGAAGACUUUCGAGCAUGGAAGUUAUAUGGAUGAGGAAUGCAUCAAGCUCAUGCUAGAAAAAGACAUCAUUUAUUGUCCGACAGCUAGUGUCGUUGAAGGGGGAGCUAGGAACGCAGAUGAUAUGCCACCGAUCAAUCGCAAGAAGAUACUCGAGACAGCUGUGCAUGCCAGACACGCUUAUAGAUUGGCCAUCAAGAACGGAGUCAAGAUUGCUCUAGGGACGGAUCAAGCGUCGAGUACGCCUGGGAAUUACAACUCGCACGGCGCGAACGGGAAAGAGAUUUUCUAUGCUGUGAAAGCGGGGAUGACGCCGCUGCAAGCUAUUGAAGCUUGUACGGCGAUUAGUCCAGAGACUUUGGGGCCACAUAUGGCACCCAAGUCGGGACAGUUGAAGGAGGGUUAUGAUGCUGAUAUGAUUGCGCUGUCUGAGAAUCCUUUGGAGAAUAUUGACUUGUUGUCUGAGCCUGACAACAUCACUCAUGUAUGGAAAGACGGGAUGCUUUCCAAAUCUCCCUAGACUGGUUGAUCACCGAACGGCUCUGACAAGGUCCUGAAUAUUGCAAUUAUGGAUGAUUGUGUGAUAUUGUUGAAAGAUGAAGACAAUACAUGGUCAGGAAACUAUGGACAGACAAUUGGCCAGCAAGGAUCUUUGCAGAACCAAAAGUAAAAUGAUUGGGGACAAUUCAUCAGGAUAUUGAUAACAGUACAUAUCUCAUGAUAGACUUCCAAACAUAAUCAAUGACACAUCU